AUGAGAAUUCUAAGAUGGAUCAAAACUCUUCUCUUCUUGAUCACCAUGCUAAUAUCUCUACUCUUAUUCUCAGCACCAAUUUUUCUAGCCAUUGCCGAUGCCCUUAUUCCGUCGGUCCUGUUAUCGACUUCAUUUUCUUCCUCAACACUAACCCUACAAACCCUUUCUUCGCAUCUAAACAACUACGACUACCGGUACUCGCUCAUUGACAUUCCUCUCAUAUCCAUCGUUCGAUCAGCUAUUAUAUUAUGUGUUUAUAGUUUUUGUGAUGGACCAAAGCUUUCAAGAGGUCCAUAUUUGGGAAUUGCUACCGCAUGUUCGGUUUCAUCGUUGGUGUUUGUAUCAUUGAAGGCUUCGUAUGUGUUUAGCAGCAAUUCGAGGAUCGACGGAGGACCGUCUGAUCGAGCUAUGGAAAUGGCUUUGUUCGUUUGUUCAUUGGCUAUGGCCAUGGCGCAUGUAGGUGCGGCAUACCGGAUUAGUUGCAGAGAAAGAAGAAAGCUUCUUGUUUUCAAAAUUGAUAUCGAAGCUGUAUCCGCAUACAAGAAUGGAUUUCCAAGGUACCAAAAAAUAAUACAAAAAGGAUUGGACAAGUGCAAUUCCUAG